AUGGCAACGUCAAUGAAUAAUCAAAAUCAAGAACAAACAGAUUUAAUAAAUAAAAAUCUUGAGACAGCAGUACGUAAUACAGCUAUUCAAAUGGGUUGUUGGACAGCAGCAGAUGAUUAUGUAUUAAUUACAAGUAUAUUACAUUUAUGUGAUUUAGAACGUGUUCAUAAACAAGUAAAAUUGUCAAUGCCAUUUUCAUUAGAAAAUAUUCAAGAUCGAUGGCAAUGUUUAUUAUAUGAUGUAUCAAUUUCAAAAAUGAUUGUAACAAAAAUACAACAACUUUCAAUGUCACAAAUAGAAAAUUUACAUAUACCAUUUAAUGAUGAAGAAGAACAAUUAUUAGCAUCAAUCCCAUCAUACACAAUUCCAACUUUACUUGAUAAUGAAUUAGAUGCAUGUUUAAGUAAAAAUUCACAGAAAUUUUGGUCGAAUCGAACUAUUAAUGAAUUACGUGAAUGUUGGUUACAAAUGCGUCAACAAGGUCGUCUUAGUGAUCAACAGGAUGCAUAUAAUCCUCAACAAACAGAGACGAUUCAAGAACAUGCUACUCCAAGAAAAUUGAGUCAAUUAUUAGCACCAUUUGAAUUUGAAUUAUUAUCUCGUAAUAAAGAAGAAUUCGCAGAUAAAACUGAUCUUCCUUAUGCACUUCUUCAUGUUAAUAAUCGUGUUUAUUGUAUGUAUUCUGAUCAGCUCAAUUUUGGAACUAGUUUUCUUGAUCGACAAUAUGAUAUAUCAUUUGAUAAUUCAACAACAAUUCAUAUUCAAGGAAUGAUAAUUCGUAAAUUAGGAUUAUUUUAUAUUAUAAAUAAUGGUGAUAAUGCUUUUCGUGUUAAUAAUGCAUUACUUAAUCCAAAUGAAGCAAGUCCAUUAGGAACUCGUGCAGUUAUUAAUAUACUUGAACAUACAAUGGUAUUUCAAGCAAUUGAAUUACCUUAA